AUGUCGGGUUUCGGUGACUUCACCUCAAUCUGCGAGAAUGCGCCACUUCCUCUUUGCGCGAGCGUUGGGCCUACGCUCCCAGCGACAAAUCACGUCGGCAUCGAACCGGAUUGCUACGCUCGCAAUAUCGCACUUGCCAACACUAUCAUUUUUGAAGGCGCCGCAUCCGCUAUGCACAUCGUGGCGCUCAUCAUGACGAUUGUGAUGAUUCUCCAUGUUCGUAGCAAGUUCACGGCGGUUGGCCGAAAGGAGAUUCUGUCAUUCUUCUACAUUUAUAUGCUCUUGACCUUCAUCUCGCUAGUUGUUGAUGCCGGAGUAGUUCCACCGGCUAGUGGACCGUUUCCCUACUUUGUCAGUAUACAAAAUGGGUUGAGCAAUGCGCUGGUAACAUGCUUGCUUAUCAACGGGUUUGUGGGAUUCCAGUUAUAUGAAGACGGCACACCUCUCUCAGUCUGGAUGAUGCGAAUCUGCUCUCUGGUCGCGUUUGCCAUCAGCUUCCUUGUUUCUCUUGCCACUUUCAAAGGAUGGGCGGGCCUGAGCCCAACCAACACUGUAGGGCUGUUUGUCGUCCUAUACCUGCUGAACGCCAUUGAGCUGUUCAUCUACGUGGGCAUGCAGGUCAUCUUGGUUACCAGAACCUUGCACGAUCGUUGGCCACUCGGCGAUAUUGCCUUUGGCGUCUUCUUUUUUGUGGCCGGACAAGUGAUUCUCUAUGCAUUCAGCAGCAAGAUUUGCACAGCUGUCAGCCAUUAUUUGGACGGCCUCUUCUUUGCGACAGUCUGCAACCUGCUUGGUGUUAUGAUGGUAUACAAGUAUUGGGACUCCAUCACCAAGGAAGAUCUAGAAUUCUCUGUGGGAACACGCAUGAACAACUGGGAAGUCAAGGAGCUGUUGCCAGAAGACGAGCGUAGAGGGACUGUCUACGCGGACGAUCCGUACGGCCACACCAGCAGCUACGAUCCUCCAUACACGCCAACUGCGCACCGUUACUCUACCAAAUACUGA